AUUGGCUGUUGAUGUAAGAACAAAACCUUUAGAUUCUCCCCAUUCUACAGACUCCCUUUCUGGAGAUAUUCUGAAUAUUGCAGAAAAUUUUAAUCAGCCAGAAAAGAAAAUUUUGUCAACAUCAAAGGUCAUUUUUCCAGAAAAUUCUAAGAUGGAAUUUAACCAAAUGCAAAACAUACAAUAUAGCUGCCUGUGGUCAUCAGCCCAAAGCAAAUGGCCCAUACGUUGCUAUGCUCCAUUGAAGUUCAAUAUUAAUAGCCAUUAUGGUGGCUGUUGCUCUCUUGUCUUCAUAUCAAAUGCUUAUGGCUCAGAAGGGUCCAACACCACAGCACAGAUGUUUCUGCUGCGUUCUGGCUUCAAUUGCAAUCAUUUUGCAGUAGUCUCAAUAGUUCAAAGUUAUCAAGGUCAUUUAAUCCCAGCUAGUAGUUUUAUAACUAAUGAGAAUGGAGAACUCAUUGUUGACUGCUUUUCUGGCUCAAAUCAUGUGAUGCUAAUGUCAAACUGGAAGGUCAACGGACAUUGUGGACAUGGCUUGGUGUUUAAAGGAAGUGAUGAUUGUGAGGAAUAUACUAAUUGCCCACUCAAUGUAAAUGGUUGUUAUGAUAAGAUUCAUGGAAGUGGCUGCAGCCUCAUUAUCUGCAGUGCCCUUCAGGAAAACACAGUUGUCAGUGCAUGUUACCUCAUCCGCAGUGGGCACAAAGGAAAUACAUUUCAGAAGUCAUUUAUUAAAGGUGAAGAUCAGUGGGAGUUUUCUGUUAAUUCAAGUGGUCAAUUGUUGGUGAAAGGCUGUGCACACUCUGUUUAUAGUUUAUAUCAUAACCGAGAAAAUCUUAACAACAAUAAGAAGAAAGCAAAAACCAUUUUUGUAUCAAACCAUGAUGGCUCUUUGCAUUCCAAACUGAUUGAAUUUUCAUACUGUCUCCCUCAUGCAUCCUUAAUUGCACUCUGUUCUCAUUCUUGUGGCCAGCAAGAUGCAACUUCAGCAUCUGCAUAUUUAAUAACAUUGUCCAAAGGAACCACUCAGGUGUUACUUUUGUCUGAGAGUUUUGGAGAGGGUUGCAUUCAUCGCAGUGAAUGGAAAUUUGAAGUGGAUAAAGUCACUAAAUUUCUUCAGGUGUGUGGUCCACCAGGUCCAGCCAGAUUUGCUCUGAUAACAAAUAUCGAAGAAGAGACAUCAAAUUUGACUGAACUCCAAUCAAAAGAUAUUUGUGUUGUUACUGGUGGUAGUGAUGAGGGUUUGUUUAUGGGAUGUGUGGAGUUUGGAGAAGAUAGAAUCAACGGCAUUCUGAACAGAAGAUGUGACAUAUAUAUUUCAGUGAAUAGUUUGAUUGUAGCACAGAUACAAACAGAAGAGUUGGUAGCAACUGGCUCAAAUUGGAUCUUUAACAGACAGUGGGCAGAAAAUGAAAUCCUGCUUGGUCUGAAUCUUGUGCAAGUUUUUGCUAAUCUCAUCACUGACCAAACACAAAAAAUUGAACUUCAGGGAUCACCAUGUCAGUUGAUCAAACAACCAGUUGGAGUGGUUGUUGCCAUUAACUGUGGAGGACCUUCUUACCAAUCACUGGUUGACAAUAUUGUUUAUGUAAGCGAACACUCUCAGUUUGCCAACUACUCUUAUUCCUAUAUAUUCGGAAGCCGAUGGAAAUGUCUUGGAGGUAUCAAAACAAAUGUUUCAGUUACACAACAAAUCACAGGAACUGAAGAUAACUUUCUGUACCUUACAUCGCGAAGCCCUGAUGUUGAGGCUGCUGAUGAACAAGAUGUCAUAUAUACAUUUGAUGAUGUUUCUAAUGGCAACUUUAUUCUUCGGUUGCACUGCCUAGUAGUCAAUUGUGGCCGGAUAACUGUCAAUGGAGAAAAUAUUUCACAGAAGGUUCAAUCCCAGUUUCACCAACAGUAUGAGAUAUCUCCUGGAUGUCAUGCUCAUACAGCAGACAUACAUGUAACAAUAACUGACCACCACUUGAGAAUAUGUUCCAAAGAUACAGCUCUUUGUGCUUUUGUCCUUUUUAACCCAACUCUUAUGAAGAAACACUUGCCAGACAAACAACAGGUGCUUCGAGACAGUUCGUACUUGGUAGAAUCUUUUAAACCAAUUCUACAUAGCUUACUGAAAAAGGAAGUCAAAAUUGUUGGUUGGUCACAGAAUCUACUUCAAAAUGCAAGUGGAGAGCAAAACAGUAUGGUACACUGGAAUGCCUAUGGUGACUGGACAAUAGAUGAAAGUGGUUAUGGCACUAAAAGGGCUUUCAUUACGUCCCACAUGAGAUGUACCAAACAACAGGAAGUAGACCUCACUGAAUUCUUCUGUGUUGACUAUUUAGAUACAUCACCUGACAUCCAGGUCUCUGAGUGGUACCGAGAAGGAGUGUGUGGUGGAGGAUUCUAUUCCAUGACAGCUUCUUUAAUGGAUGAAAAUGGAACGAUCAUGAAACAAUUCACAACUGGAGAAAUUGGAAAAAUUUAUAAAAACAAUGAGUGGCAGGAAGUAAGCGUCACAUUUUCAGACUAUGGCCCUGGGGUUCGAGGUGUUGCAAUUGAAUCAUAUGGCAAAGAUGACAAAUACCGGGAUGGUCACUAUGGCACACUUAUGUCUGCUGCUAUGGUCAGAGUGAAACGCGAGUCUCGUCCAGCUGAAAAUGAUGUCUAUGACGAUAUAAACCUGAGUUCCUGGUUGACCGAUGGUCAGUUUCAGAUAUCAGAACUGGACAAAAUACUGGCUAAACUGUUGAAGGACAAUCAUAAGUUGAUGGUAGAUAACUUUGUCAAGGAUAUACGUAGAGAAACAGAAGAGGAAGAAAAUAGAAAUAUCAAAUGGAAAGCAAUGAAAGAAAAGUUUAAAUUCCAUGAGGUGAAGAAACAAAGAGAGGUUCGGCUGUUUGUGUCAAGUACUUUCAAAGAUUUCACAAAGGAAAGAGAAGAAUUAAUCAAAAAGACAUUCCAAGAGCUCAACCAAGAAUGUAUGGAUCGAAGAAUUUUUUUCUCUUAUGUCGAUCUAAGAUGGGGAAUAAGCCAAGAACAGAAUCAGCAUGAAAAGACUAUUGCAAAUUGUCUUCAAGAAAUUGAGAGAUGUCGCCCUUACUUCAUUUCUUUAAUGGGAGAAAAAUUUGGUUGGAGCCAGAGAGAAGACAAACCUGAUAUUGUCCUUAAUGAGAGUUUUGAUUAUGCCAUUGAGCAUAUCAGUGAUUUAAAAUGGUUGGAGGAGUGUCGUUAUGGAGUCAGUGUAACACAGCUUGAAAUUCAGCAUGCUGUUCUGAAUGAUGUGAUUAACUCCAAGGAACGGAGUUUCUUCUAUCUAAGGGACCUACCAGAUACUCACCAAAUCGACAAUGAAGAAUACAAAGUAAACCUGCCAGAGUCAGAGUGGCACAAGGAAAGGCAACAAUCGUUGAAGAACUUGAUUUUGUCAAACAAGGAUUUAAACAGUAAGAAAUACAAAACAACAAGUGAAGUCUGUGAAUUUGUGAAAAAGGACAUUAUUAAAUGUCUGGAGAAAGAUUUCCCGCAAGGCAGUGAACUGUCAGUGCUAGAACAAAGAUGGCAAGCUCACCAGGCAUUUGCAGAUGUCAGACGACGUGUCUAUGUUGGAGGGGAAACAUAUUUCAAACAGAUUGAUGAUUUUAUGGAAUCUUCACAAAACCCUAUCGUCAUUCUUGGGGAGUCUGGUUGUGGUAAAUCCUCUCUGCUAGCAAACUGGUGCUUCAGGCUCGAACAGAAGGAACCUGAUACAUUCUUCUUUUUACAUUUCAUUGGAAGUUCACCUGAAAGUUGUUCAAGCCUGAAAAUGUUUCACAGAUUAUAUGAAGAGUUGAAAGCUUCUUUUGGACUAGAAGUUGAGAUUCCAUUUUCUGAUGCAACAAUUCUUCAAAAUUUAACGAAAUGGUUGAAACUAGUUGGAACGAGAAGAAAAUGUGUGUUGGUCUUUGAUGCUUUGAAUCACCUUGAUAGUGCUUUGGGACGUGGAAACACAGGUGCACAAGUUGAUCUUUCGUGGAUACCUCUGUUAAAUUCAUCUAAGAAUGUAAAUAUCUUGUUGUCAACUCUUCCAGGAAAAGUUUGUAAAAACAUCAAAGACUCUGGUUGGCCUUGCAUUCAAAUCGAACCCUUGACCCUUAAACAGAAGAGCGAAAUUAUUGAUAUAUACUUUGAGAAAACUUAUGGCAAGACAUUAAGCAGCGAACAAAGAGAGUUGAUAGUGGCCACACCACAGAGUGACAAUCCACUUUUUCUGCGAGCUCUCUUGGAUGAAAUUCGUAUCUAUGGUGCCUUCUCUACUCUGACUACCCUGACCACCACUAUGCACAAGUAUGUAACUGCUAGCUGCCCACGAGAUUUAUUUUGCAUGAUUUUGGCCCGUCUCGAGAAAGAUUUCACUGAUGAAUUUGGAGACACGUGCAACGUUGUAAGGGAGACAACUUCUGCUAUUUGGUGCUCCAGAAAAGGUAUGUCAGAAGACGAACUCAGAAGACUCGUCAACAUUCCCAGUGCUAAAUGGUCCCCAGUCUAUUUAUCCCUUGUUGGUAGUUUGGUGAAUAGAAAUGGUAUUUAUAACUUCUUCCAUGAUUAUCUACGACAAGCUGUUGAGGUUCGAUUCCUGCCAACUUUAAAUGAUAAGAAAAUUUACUCAAAACAGUUGGCCAGUUUCUUUGCCUUGCAACCAAUGAGCUAUCGCGUAGCUGAAGAAUUACCAUUUCUAUUGUAUGAAGCUGGAGAAAUGGAAAGUUUGAAGGAAACCUUGUCAGACUUGAACCUUUUCCAACAACUGAUGGCGACAGAACAGGGCAAAUAUGAUUUAAUUCACUAUUGGAAACUGUUUGAUGAUUUCAAUGAAGUCAGCAAAGUUUAUAAAGAACAACUUGAAUAUUUCAAUGGUAACAGACAAAGUGAAGAUUUCUUAAAGCUAUCAAAAUCUUUGGCACAAUUAUUCAUUGAUUUGUCUUUGUUAGACGAUGCCAAGAAACUCCUGGAAUCUUUGUUGCAUGAUUUUGAGAAGAAAUAUGGUGAUGAGUUUGUUACAAUUGUAUAUUGUCCAUGGAACUUCUCUUGGAAGAGCCGGUGCUGUCACGAGACUGUCAUUGAGCUGCUCCAGUUACUGGCAAGUGUUUGCACUGAACAGAAUGAUUUGGAACAAGCAGAAACUUAUUACCGAGAACUUCUGGACAGAUUGAACACUGCGAAAACAUGGAAACAGAAACUUCAGCUGUGUAAAGGCUCCCUGGGUCUGGCUACAGUUUUUCAGAUGAAAAACAACACAAAAGAAUCUGAAAAAUUGUUGCUCCGAUCUCUAGAGUUAGCAUCUGAAGUGUUUGGUCCCAAACAUCAUUAUGUAGCAGCCAUAAUUGAUAAGCUUGGUCAACUCUGUUUCCAGCAGGGUCAACUGGAUAAGGCUCUCUGUUAUUUCCUCCAAGAUUUCAGAUUGACCUACAAUAAUGCAGGCUGGAAUUAUCCACGACUAGCUGAGAUCCUUAACAAUGUGGCAUUGGUCUAUGAUGAAAAAAACCUUGAGGAGUGUGUAACACUGUACGAGUGUGCUUUGGCCAUUAUGUUGAACGUGUACGGGAUUCAACACGUGGACACUGCAAUGAUAAGGUACAAUCUAGGAACAGUUUAUUUUGCUUCUAACCAUUUUGCCAGAGCAAAAUACCAGUGGCAAGAAGCGGUGAAGGUUUUUGAGUGUCUUCUUGGAGUUGAACAUCGCAACACAAUUGCAGCAGCUGAUGCCGUCAGGGAGGUGACUGUUUUGGUGAACUCAAAUUAGAUUUGGAAUAAAGCACAGAAGCUUCCAGAAGGCUGGACUUAUUGAGUCAAAAAUUAUCAGAAUGAUAUCACUCAAGAAAUUGUGUAAAUAUAAAUGUAAUAACAUACUAGGAUUGUUUAUUUAUUUGGUUUGGAGAAUAGAAUUCAGCACGCACAUGCGCACAUGCACACGCACACACACACACACACACACAAAAACAUUAGAGAGUUGCAAUUGUUUGAAAAAUGACUGGCCCUGAAACUAAAUGCUGAAAUCUUUACUGCACAAAACAGCCAUUUUAACCUUUUAAAAACACACUGAAACUGUUCUAUUUCCUUCACAAUAAUUUAUUAAUAGGAUAGUCUAUUAAGAAAUAUCAGAAAAGUUUUGUUGACCUUCUGACCUGGUCACUGAAUUAAUUCCACUGCAUCUGUUGAAACUCAAUUAAUCAAAUUUCUAAACUGCAACGGUUUCUUUCAUUCACUUCUUCAUUUUUCUUUCUUUAAUUACAACAGUUUUUGUCAUUUGUGCUUUUGUUUC